AUGUCUUCCAGCCCCCCCGUCGACGACGUGCAGCAUCUUCGCGUCCAAAAGACAGGCCAGGAUCCAUACAACUGCAUUUGGGACAGCCCCACAUCGCAGGAUUCAGAGGAGGCUAAACCACCACAUGGCUUGCAAGCCUUUUGCCCGUCGAGCAGGACCCCCGCUGUCCCCUAUUGUCUGCCUAGAUCAAAAACAUUCCAAUUCUGGGCGAAGCUCGAUGACAGUCCUACGGCUCGUAUCGAUGUGGACAGCUUCUCCGCAACGCAAUAUGGUGGCUUCUUUGGCCUGCUCACCCUGACUCGUGGGGGGUUUUCAGCGACGGCUAAAGGCACCGCGAACCCGCCGUGA